AUGUUGCGCGGUUCCUUUCUCGCCCUCACGGCGCUGCUCUCGCUCACAUCUGCUGCACCUGCUAAGCGGCAAUGGGGCGACUGGCAGCCCUGCAACAACGAAACAAUCCGCAUCCGUAAGGAUUUCAACAAUCUCUGUCCAGAGGAGCGCAAAGCAUUUACAGACGCUAUCAACUGUAUACGUUCUCAGCCAUCAAAUCUCGACCAAGCAAAGUAUCCAGCGGCUAUCAACAGGUACUUCGAUUGGGCCACGGUUCACGUCAACCGCACCAAUGUCGCUCACCUUUCAGGCUAUUUCCUGACAUGGCACCGCAUGUUCAUUCACCUCUUCGAGGAAGACCUACGAAACAUUUGCGGUUUCGAAGGCACAAUGCCAUACUGGAACUGGCCCGCCACAGCCGAUGAUCUAGCCAACACACCAAUCUUCAACGGCGACGCCUACUCCAUGUCCGGUGACGGCGCAUAUAUCCCCGACCGCCCACCAACAGUCCUCGCACCAGGCUUCUCCCUCCCAACCGGCCUCGGCGGCGGCUGCGUCACAACUGGACCAUUCGCAGGCAUGAACUACACCAUGCAACCCAUCCCGAUUCAGGGCCUGAUUCUCGGCUCCCCACUCCCACCCAACGCUUUUGCGAACAACGGCUCUUGCCUAACCCGCGACCUAAACCCGUACGUUGCCCAGCGCUGGGACAACUGGACCGCCUUCAAUGACGCCAUCGCCGCGCCCAACCAAGCCGCAUUCUCCACUGCACUGAAUGGCGUAUUCGGCGGCACCGACCUCGGCCUGCACUCUGGCGCGCACUUCAUCGUCGGCAACCCUGCUUCCAACAUCUAUGUCUCGGCGCAGGACCCGAUCUGGUAUCCGCUGCAUACCUUCCUCGACUUGAUGUACGUGCAGUGGCAAAAGGCGCAUCCGGAGAUCUACGAUGAGUUGUAUGGGACGAUGACUGCGAAUAACGCGCCGCCGAGCGCGAAUGUGACCCUGGACUCAAUGGAGCCGGAUUGGGGUUACUUUGGGGAUAGCGUGCCAGUCAAGGAUCUGAUCUCGACCACGGCAGGGCCGUUCUGCUAUGAUUAUGAGUUCCAGCCGGGGCCAUAUACGGAGAAGAGAGGGGAGAAGAUGCUAGGCUGGUCGUGA